GGCUCAGACUAGCAGCACUCCAGACGCCGAUUGUUUGGUUAAGCACUCAGUACAUUGCCGUCGACUGAAGAGGGCGUAUCGCAGGCGCCAAAGCACGGAAAACUGUGAAAAAGUGAAACAAAGCCAAUUCGGCAAAAGUGGCAAAGAAUAGGUGCUGCUAUAAGUGGCUACAAAAAACAUUGUUUGUGCAUAUUUUAAUUAAAAUACGGUGUGAAAGCAAGCAAACAGCAUGUAAAUUAAGGAAAAUUUGUUAAAAUAAAUAAAAAUUAGAAAGUGUGAAUAUUCAAAUGCAAAUUAUUAUUUUUAUUAUGUGCUAAAUACGCAUUAAUUUGUGCAAUUUGCAUGUAGUUAUAUGCUAUUGGCAUGCACCAGCUGUAGCUGCGCCGAAAAGUAUGCAAUAUACACAACUGUAUAUGUGAGCACCAGUGUGGCUGUGUGUGGUGCAUGUUGCUAGCGAGACAACCACUUGUGAAUAUCGAAGUAUUGUGUGUAUUUUCAAGGCGAAACAGGCACAAAAGCAACAACAACAACGCCAACGUUAGCAUGCCACACAACAGCAAAUACCAUAAUAAAGUUUCUUCGAAAUAUUACAAUAACAAAAAGUGAAAUAUACAGCACCCAGCAUACGCCGUGUUGUACACAACAAAAACAACAAGGAAAACAAGAAGCACAUUGAAGGCGAGGUUUUAACUGACAACAUUUAACAGUAUUGCUAACAAACGACAAACACAAUAGCCAAAAGCACUAUUUCUCAGCGCCGCCAACACACCACAAGCAGGCUGUCAGUUAUUUACACUGCCGUCGCCGUUGCUUAUUUACAGUGCAGGAAAUGGAUUUUCAAAGCCACAACAACACCAGCGGAAAUAAGUUUGUCUGUCCCAGCGACAGACAAUUGGCAUUGAGAGCAAAAUUACGCGCUGGAUGGAGCAGCUCCAAGACCAACGAACCGCUUCGGCCCGAUGAGCAAGCCGCUAUUAUUUCCGUUAUACGCCGCAAUGAGGAAAUCGAGACCGCCGAGCGGCAACGCGUUGGUCGACUUGUCGAGCGUGUGGAGAAAAUUAAACAACGCGCCGUCGAAGGUGGUCCAAAUUGUUGCCGGCUCUGCGGUGACACCUUUGGACUGCUGCGUUCUACGCGCAUCAUUUGUGAGGACUGCAAGAAAUCGGUGUGUGCAAAAUGCAGUGUCGACAUUAAUAUACGUUAUCAUACCAGUGAUCGCACGCGCGAAAUAUGGUUGUGCCGCAUCUGCUCGGAGACACGCGAAAUGUGGAAAAAGUCGGGCGCAUGGUUUUUCAAAGGGCUUCCCAAUUAUGACGCACCCAGCAGCACUAAUUCGACACCCACACAUCAGUCAGCAAGUGGCGGCGCCAUGUCUGAUGUGUUGCUGCCGCCGCGUGGCGCACAAAGCUGCAACAACACGCCCACACGCAAUGUGCGCGUUAAGAAGCUGACAAUACAUGUGGACGAUAGCAGUAGUUCGGAAGAGGAUACAAACGGUGGCGGCGGCGGCGGUGGUGAUGUUGUGGAUGGCGCCAUCAGCGCUGUGUGUGCUGUAGCGCCGUUGACAACAGCACGCACACCUAAUAGAAAUUCCUUCAACGCUGAUGUCUCACCACCAGCGGCGACGCGUAUGCAACGUGAGGAUAGUUUUCGUCUGCGUACUUUCGGCUCCAUACGCAGUUUCAUUGAUAGCGGUGAGCGCAAACUUUCCAAUUCUUUUUUUGCCAAUCGUCAGUCAUCGCGUACAGAAAGUAAUCAACAGGACUAUGAUACCAUAUCAACGGCAUCGACUGUCACUUCGGUGAACAAUAGGCGUGAGAGCAAUUGUAAUUAUACGCGUCGCAGCUCCGUCUCGUCAUCUUGGUCGAUCAGUGGCGAAAGUUCUUCGGGCAAUUCGGCGAACACGAGCAAUCAUGUGCCCAAUCAUAAUCAAGUAAAUUUGCAUUGUCGGGAAUUGCUCGGUUGGCUCGAGGUGGCGGUUAGCUAUCGUGAGAGUGUACAUAGUCUAGAUUGCGUUAUGGUAAGGGCACGUGAUCUGCCUGCUAUGGAUGCGGCUGGCUUAACGGAUCCCUAUUGUAAGGUGAAUAUUGUGACCCCCGAUGGUAUGACCAAGUAUUCGCGUUGGUUGCGUACCAAAACUGUGCAUAAGACGCGCAACCCUGAAUUUAAUGAAACUUUGCAAUUUGUGGGCGUCGAACCGGAGGAACUAGGCGGCUCAUCGCUGUAUGUUGCGAUAUUCGAUGACGAUAAGUAUGGACACGACUACUUGGGUGGCGCUAAAAUUUCGCUCUCGCCGGUGCACAACACCAAUCAAUAUCGCAUAUCUGUGCCGUUGGGUGGCGAGGAUCGGUUUAGUAAUGAAGCGGAAAUGUCACAGGAGUGGCCGCAUGGCAAAAUUUUGAUAUCACUCUGCUAUAAUACAAAGCGACGUGCUUUGGUGGUGAAUGUAAAGCAGUGCAUCAAUUUGAUACCGAUGGACAACAAUGGCAGCUCGGAUCCAUUUGUUAAGCUACAACUGAAACCUGAUUCGCAUAAGAAUAAAAAAUAUAAAACCGGUGUCAAAUGGCGCACAUUAAAUCCAAUAUAUCGCGAAGAAUUCUAUUUCGAAUCCAGUCCACAUGACCUGAAUAAACAAACGUUGUAUAUAACCGUUUGGGAUAAAGACAUUGGCAAGAGCAAUGAUUUUCUGGGCAGCUUGGUAAUCGGCUACAAUAGCAAGGGCGAACGUUUGCAGCAGUGGCUGGAUUGCAUAAAAUUGCCGGAUCACUUUCACGAGAAAUGGCAUUGUUUAUCAGGGGAACACCCAACGCAUUAAUCAAAUGAGUGACGGAGCGUAUUGAAAUUUAUAAAAAAGUAACACUUAUAAUAAAAUUAUAAAAAAGACCUGACCAGGGUUGCGAAUUUUUUAAUUAAACAUUUUUGAAUUUAAAAUUAGAUUUUUAUCGAUUGGGAAUAAAAAACAUUUUUUUUUUCAAUUUUUUUUUAAUUAUUUAAAAAUGAACAGAUUAUAAAGAAUAUUUUUAUUACAAACUUGGGAUUAACAUUUUGUUAUUUUUCAAUCCUGCAUUUGAGUUUAGAAAUAUAAAAUUUACUUUAAUUAAAGUUUUCGGAAUUACAAAAUAAAAAAGUUAAUAGUUUUAAUUCAAUUAUUUUUAAUGCAUUAUUUCCAAUCCUGGACCUGACACAAACAUUAUAUAAUAUUAUGAUUGUAAAAAUAUAAAUAUGCAUUUGGCUCGAGAUGCAGUGCAUUUAUAUUUAUAUAUAGUUACAUAUGCAUUAUAUAUAAUAUACAUACAUAUGUACAUAUGCAGAUGUACUAUGUAUGUAAUCCACCCACAGAAAUUGUUGCCAAAAUUUUUAAACUAAAAACUGCAUAUGUAUGUAUAUUAAUUUAUUUUGUUAUACAAACUGCUACACAAACUCUUACAUAAGUUAUUUACUACAUAUAUGCAUUUAAUAAAUAACGUGCUGUAAAUACUUACUACAUACAUACAUGCACACGCAUGUUUGAAGGUACUUGGACAUGUCUUUACUUGUCACCUGUAUCAUCCGCAACGGUAUCGUCGACCCUCCUUAUUCAGCAUAUUUAUUACCCCAAUUUUGCUGCAUUAUAUUUUAUAGUAUGUGCUAUAAAUUGUUUUUAAGUGUCCUUAAAUGGGUUAAAUAAGCAUCAAUCAAACACACACACACACACGAAAUAUAUUUUUAGAUAACACUAAGCAUAUAAAAAUAAAACACGAACUGUAACUGCUAUGUAAGCGAACGCGUAUGCAUUAAUACACACAAUUACUUUGUUUAAUACAAAAAAAAUUUGCUGGAAUAAAAUAUGAGAACGUGGUGCGAGAAAAUUAAUAUCGAAUAACUUUUAUUUUUAUUUUUAGCAAACGAUAUAUGAGUUUUUAUUAUUAAUGGUUUAUCUUGGCUUUGAAUUGUCACUUAUUUAUGUAUGAAUGUUUACUGAAGUUGCGUUUAAUAAGCGCACAUUACAGAGAACAUUCUCUGCACGUUAGCGCUGCACACGUUACAGAGAACGCGCUCUCUGCACUUUAGCGGUACAGUUAUUUAUGAAUUUUAUAUUAUUGUAUGUACAUAUUUAACUUUUUCGUUAAUUUCAGGGCAACAUUCAAAUAUUUCAUAAAGUUUAGAAACAAAAAUUUAGACGAUUAGUAAUUUUAUUUUUAAAAUUACACUUUGACAAGCAGUCAAAUGUUAAUAUUUAACAUACAAAUAUGUAUUUAAGCUAUGCAUAUUCAUUUAGGUUUUGUGAAGAUUGUCGCAGCGGCUGUGCUGGAGUGAGUGAAAUCAGACUGCGCUAAAUUGGUGUAUACACAAGCAUACAUACAUACAUAUGUAUGUAUGUAGGUAUGUAUGACUUUUAUUUACUCAGAACCGGUGUUUGUGCUUUUUAUUUGCAUAUUCUACAUUUUGUUUACUAACAAAAAUAUAAAUACAAGCAUUUUUGUUGCUCUAAUAAAUGUAUAGGCAAAGUGUGAUAUUGUGUAAAAUAGCAUUGUUAGCAGCUAACUAGACACGGCUAAUGGCACCUGGGUGGAAUAUUUAAAAGAAAUACAAAAUUAACCUUGCGCAUUUGGGAAGUUAAUUAAAUAUUCUGGGUGGUGUCUAGCAUUUUUAUUGACAAUUGCAAUAAAACUUGCAUAGUUAAUUUAUGGUUUUUAUGGAAAAUUGUUGAAAAUAAAUUGCAAGUAAGCAUGAAAAAAAUAAUAUGUGAAUAUUUCUAAUUUAUUAUUGCUUUGUCGUGUUUUAUUAAUUUUUAACUUUAAUGGAAGGCUGGAAUACAAUCACUAUUAAAAUUUGUAGAAUUAUUGAACUCGUAGUAUAAUUAGCAGGACUGCACAAAUUGUUUUUAAUUAAAAAUUUCCACGUAAUGUGUGUAUAGUUACAAAGAAAUUAAGCAAACACGUACUUACAUACCUGUUUUACUGCUAAGACAGUUGUUUACCUUUUUUUUAUUUAUUACAACCAUUACUCAACGUAAGUCAAACAAGUUUUUGCGGUUAGUGUGGGGUGCUUGCAAGCUAAUUUUAUUGCAUUAAAUAUUUUUAAUUUGUUAGGUGCACAAUACAAUUAGCAAAUAUCUAUGAAUAUAUACAUACAUAUAUUUACUACUGGUUUAUUGAAAUGUGACUAUUGGAAUUACGUUUUUAACACGGAUUUAUAUUUACUUUAAACACUUUUUUAUGGCUUAUGAAGACAAAAGAUAUUUACUGAUUUAACUGCAUUUAUAAGAAGACAUUUGUUAUAAAAUAUUUUGAGCUGCAAAUGUUAUUUACUUUUUGUUGUCUGCAUUAAAAAUUCCCUAAUUUAAAUUACAAAGGCGCGAGUUUCGAGUUGGAAUAUUUGUUUCAAAUGGAGAAUAAUAUGUUACAAAGAGACGCGCAAAACCGCAAUUAUUAUUCGACGUAUAUUUUAAGAUCACAAAGGUUAGAUGUGUAAUUUCACAGGUUAAUGACUUACAUACCAAUAUUUGUAUGUUUGUAUUGUUCGGCCAAUUUGUUCAGUACAUGUGAUGGAUAUGUGUAUUAACAAUACUUUUUAACAUUUAAAGCAUGUAUUGCUUGUAAUACUUUACGACAUACAUA